GAUUCCUCCGCGCAUGCCUUUCUCCGGUCGGGAGGCUGCCAAUUGAAUUCUAGUUAAAUGUCCUGGCAUUCGUCUUCGGGAUUGCAGCUGGGAAGUCCUGUGGCCUUAAUACUACCAGUGCUACCAGGACACCAAUACUACCUCACCGGUCGUCACGGAGGUCACGGAGUGUCAUCGGCGACCAUGGCCGACGGUCCGCCAGGAAUGCACGCGGACCGUCCAAAUCCGGAGAAUGCAGCCCGGCAGUCUAGACUAAGUCCGAGUCCAGAUCUUGUCUCGCCCAGCCAUGCAUCACCAACACGCCCAGAGCCAGUUGAGGCGGUUUAAUUACCCGUUAGGUAAUAGCCUCUCAGCCGUCAUCCAGAGCUCAUCCAGCACGGAAGACUUGUGAGCACGCUCUCGUCUUCGGGGAGAUCCCUGCCGACCGUCCAUCACCCGUCGCCCGACAGUGAGGCAUUUUCGUCGUCACCGACAUGUUGCGAUGAC